CGCAGGGUCGUAAAGUGUGACAGCGUGGGACGGGGAGGUCAUUGGAAAGUAAAGAGAAGGGGGUCUGGGCAAGCUUUGGGGCGGAAUCAACGAGUAAUACCUAAAUUGGCCGCUUUAAAGGUUGACAUUAAUUGCAGGCUUAUUAACAUAGCCUCCAAAGCUUGUAAGAGUUGUUCGACAGGAGUAAAAGGACGUUUUGUGCAAGGGUAUUAGCUUACUAGCUAACCAAACUAGCCAAAAUGCUGCGCUUAGUUGUACGUAUGAGGCAGUCGUCUGUCAAUCUCACCCGGUCCUGUAACUCUCUGGGAUUACGAUCGGAACCAGGCCCAUGUCAUCUGAAAAGAUACCACCAUAGCAGAGGGCCGUGUCGCAUCCGGCCACUGAGUAGAGCCACCGGGCUACAGAUCCAGUUUAGCAAAGGUCGCGUCUUGCAUGGCAACCAAAUUGUUAGCAGCUAUCAUCAGAGUCAACGCUUCUAUAGUCUUCCUCCCCAUCAAAAGGUGGAGUUGCCUGCCCUGUCUCCCACAAUGCAGGCAGGCACCAUUGCACGCUGGGAAAAGAAAGAGGGAGAGAAGAUCAGCGAGGGAGAACUGAUUGCUGAGGUGGAGACGGACAAGGCUACAGUGGGCUUUGAGAUAAUGGAUGAGUGUUACCUGGCCAAGAUCCUCGUCCCAGAGGGUACCAGGGAUGUGCCCAUCGGAUCGGUCAUCUGCAUCACUGUGGACAGCGCCGACCAGGUCGCUGCGUUUAAGGACUACACGCUGGAGAUGGCCAACCGUGCUGCCCUUGCUGCUGCUGCCCCUGCUGCGCCACCCACUCCUGCCCCCGCUGCCCCCCCAGCAGCUCCAGGAAGCUCCUACCCCGCCCACCUGAAGAUCCUGCUGCCGGCGCUGUCCCCCACCAUGACCAUGGGCACAGUGCAACGCUGGGAGAAGAAGGUGGGAGAGAAGCUCAGCGAGGGAGACCUGCUGGCCGAGAUCGAGACCGACAAGGCCACCAUAGGUUUUGAGGUGCAGGAGGAGGGUUACCUGGCGAAGAUAAUGAUUAAUGAGGGCACUCGAGACGUUCCACUGGGCACGCCCCUCUGCAUCAUUGUGGAGAACGAGGCCGACAUCAAAGCCUUUGCCGACUACGUAGAGACCGGCAUCGCUGCUCCACCACCGCCGGCUCCCGCACCCACAGCGGCGACUCCUGCCCCCGUGGCUGCCCCUCCCACUCCUGCCCCCACUUCAGCUGCCCCCGCCAAGAAGGGUGGCCGGGUGUUUGCCAGCCCCCUGGCCAAGAAACUGGCAGCAGAGAAGGGCAUCAACCUGGCACAGGUGGCAGGCUCUGGUCCUGAUGGAAGAGUCACCAAGAAGGACAUUGAGAGCUUUGUGCCCCCCAAGGCUGUUCCUGCUGCUGCUCCGGCCCCUGCUGCUGCUGCUCCUACUCCAGUGGCUCCUGCUGCUGCCCCCACAGGAACCUACACAGACAUCCCUAUCAGCAACAUCCGCAAGGUGAUUGCCCAGAGGCUGCUCCAGUCCAAGCAGACCAUCCCUCACUAUUACCUCUCUGUGGAUGUCAACAUGGAACAGGUGCUGGAACUCAGGAAGGAGCUCAACCAGGAGGUGAAGGCUGACAACAUCAAGCUGUCUGUGAAUGAUUUUAUCAUCAAGGCUUCAGCUCUGGCCUGCCUGAAGGUGCCCGAGGCCAACUCCUCUUGGAUGGACACGGUCAUCAGACAGAACCACGUGGUGGACGUGAGUGUAGCAGUUAGCACUCCCAACGGCCUUAUCACUCCCAUAGUGUUCAACGCACACAUCAAAGGGCUGGCGGGCAUCAGCAAAGAUGUCAGCACACUGGCCACCAAAGCUCGCGAUGGCAAACUCCAGCCUCAUGAGUUCCAGGGGGGCACGUUCACCAUCUCCAACCUGGGCAUGUUCGGCGUCAAGAACUUCUCGGCCAUCAUCAACCCCCCCCAGGCCUGCAUCCUGGCAGUGGGGGGGUCGGAGAAGAGGCUGCUCCCUGCCGACAACGAGAAAGGGUUCGACGUAGCCAGCAUGAUGUCCGUCACACUCAGCUGUGACCACCGGGUUGUAGACGGAGCCGUGGGUGCUCAGUGGCUCGCCGAGUUCCGCAAGUUCCUGGAGCGGCCAGUUACCAUGCUGCUGUGACCUCUCAACUCUGACCCCGAGCAACCUCUGCCCCCUGACCUUCGACCCCUCUCAUAGACUCUCUCCCCCUCUCGGGCAGAGCCGCUCGAACCGCCGCAUGGACAGACACUAUCCAACGCGCCACAUCAGUGUUGUCCACCCACACAACGCACAGAAACAACGCACACACACACUCCCAUUCGGUGCGCACAUCAUCUCAAAACUACAAACGCACUCUCUCAAAACGCCACACUUGGAACACCAGAGCCCCACAUCUAGCAGUGGGAGAGGGGGGGGGGGGCUUUGGGUUCAUCCCUGGGGGGGGUCAUACUGCCACCCCCUCACCCGUAGUCAGUCUGAAAGUAAAGGUCAAGUAGAGCUAGCAUUGCAGCCCUAUCUCUGAUGUUCUGUCCGUCUUCUGUCUCAGUCGUGUUUGAAGUCUGCCUGAGAUUCCUCACGGCAGUGAGGAGUGAGCUCCCGUUCAGCCAUGCCAUGUGAAUUAGGUCGAGGAAAAGUGUUACUUAAGGGUGGAUUCUGAUCACACACAUUUGUCCCCCCCCCCCCCCCUGUUUUCUCUUUGAAUUCUCACGCUUUGCUGUAGGUAGCCCAGAGUCCGGGUCACUGUACAUAUGAAGCUGGAGUCUUUAGUCGGUUUAACGUCACAUAUGCCCCUCUCUCUGUUCACACCUGGCCAGGUGGCUCCACCCCACAUCUGCCGGGAGCACACAUCACUCCGCAGAAUGUAAACUCCCGUCACACACACUUCCUGCAGGGGCGUGGCACUUUCUAACCGUUGUGGGAGUGGUUAUUCCUUCAAUGCUGGCAAUUAUCCUGUUAUUUAUUUUGACCGCAUCGUUUGGAUGUUGUCUUAAGGGGAAUGUGAACUUUUAAAAAAGAAACCAUUUUGUUGUGUUUAAAGAAAACUUUUUGUUUUGAAAAAUCAAUGGGAGGUGCUUUUAAUUAAUGUUAUUCUAUUACAGAUUUCAACUCUAUCCCCCAAAAGGUAUUUUAAUGAAAGGGAACUGGGAGGACUGCAGUAUGACAUGAAAUAAAUUCUCUGUGACUUUCA